GGCAAGCUUUGGACACAUGUUGUUGUUAUUGUGUACACUAUACAGUAUACAGAGUCUGUUCGGGAUAGCGAGGAAUUGGUGGUAGGCGGGAAAUUAGUUUUGAUUGCAUAGUUUAAUAUGUUUGUUCCCGGAAGAAGUUGGAGUGUGUAAUUUUCGUUAUUUGCAUGUCAACACAAGCUUGCAUAACUCGAGAGCGUUCGUAUACAACGUCGUUUAAGUAACAACCUAGUAACUGGGUGUUGAUAUUUACACGUUGUGCUGGCAUGGCAUGUCCUGACAUUAUUGCCAACAAAAUAUUAGACUCAAAUAUCCCUUUCUAUUUUUGGGGCUUCCUUCGGGUGCCUUUUCUGUAACGACUACCUCGUCGGUGGGAUUUUAAACUCGAAUUUUUCACCUCUCCUUGUAAAAGAACGUCCAGUAAAGCGCAGUGGUGUUCAAAACUAUCAUCCUGUGGAUCUCUGCUUACUACAAUUUCUUGCUCUUCAGUCAGAAAAUGGGGAAAACAACAAAAGACAAGAGAGAUAUUUACUACCGCAUGGCAAAAACUGAAGGGUGGAGAGCAAGGAGUGCUUUUAAACUGAUACAAAUUGAUGAAGAAUAUAAUAUACUUUCAGGUGUACAAAGAGUUGUUGACCUUUGUGCAGCCCCAGGUAGCUGGAGUCAGGUUUUGUCCCAGAAAUUAAGGGCCAAAAAUGAGAGUGCAGACGAUAGUGUGAAGAUAGUGGCAGUGGAUUUGCAGUCAAUGGCCCCAAUUCCUGGUGUUAUCUGCAUACGGGGUGACAUAACAGACACCAAUACAGCUGAAAGAAUAAUAAAAGAGUUUGAUGGAUGUCCAGCAGAUCUUGUCAUUUGUGAUGGUGCACCAGAUGUUACUGGUCUACAUGAUCUUGAUGAGUAUGUUCAAUCGCAGUUGUUGCUAGCUGCAUUUAAUAUUACAUCACAUGUCUUGAAGCCAGGUGGAACAUUUCUUGCAAAGGUGUUCCGUGGAAAUGAUAUUGAUUUGGUUUAUUCACAGAUGAAGAUAUUUUUUCCCAGUGUUGUUGUUGUCAAACCAAGCAGCUCACGAAAUUCUAGUAUUGAGGCUUACAUACUGUGCAGGAACUACACACCACCUGAAGGCUACAAACCAACUAUGCUAAAUCCGUUACUUACACAAACAGAUUGUGACUUCAGGUCUCUCACUGAAGUUAACCGUGCUAUUGUUCCUUUUCUAAGCUGUGGAGAUUUGAAUCUGUACUGACAGACAUCACUCAUUGGGAGAAGAACUGUCAAAUUUCAAGAAGAAGUAUAGCUUGUUGUUAUGGCUACUUCAUAAUAGUGACAGUAGCGAAAUGCAUCAAACAAGAAAAGUCCAGGAUGAAAUAACAACAAUAUGGAAAGGAUAGAUUGCUGCUCACCACAUAGAGGAGGCAAUGUGUCACAGACAGGUACAGUGAAAAAGACUGCUGAAGCACCUCUGUGUGCCAAAUGAAGAAUGACUUACCUGCAGUUGCAACUGUCCUUACUGGCUGCUUGUUACUUAAAUAACUUCAGUUGUGGGUGGUGUUAGAACCUCACAUGGCCUCCAACAAACAUUUACUAAGUGUUAAUUACACUGAUAUAGUGUCAGUGAUUUUUGUUUCAGGUUGCAGUUGUUUAUUCUGUGCAGAAACAUAAUGAUUGAAAUAUAUUACUUGUUUCUUAGAAAGGUAUUUUAUCUUGUAGUGUAAAUUUUGUCAUUACUUUGAUGCAGUAAGUGUACCUGUGGAGAAAGUUCCAGAAAGCUUGCAGUUCUUGUGGUAGAAAUACAAAUUCUUCCAAAAAAUCCAUUUUGUAAUAUUUGUAUGCAAUACAGCGAUUGAACUGGAGUCACUCUGCCAUCUCUUUUAUUCACAUCAUGUGGCAGAAUGAUAUUGAAUGUUUCCAACGACUCGGACAGUGUUUGAAUACAUGAGGUUAACGGUUUCUGAUAUAUGCUAAGUUCACUACUGAACUAUAAAUUUUGAACAGAAUGGUGUAAUUUCUUGUGAAUUGACUGUGCAGCAUGUGUUUCUGUAAUCCCAAAUGGUACCAAAACAAAUGUAUGUUACACUUUUAAUGACAAGUUGUGUUUGCAAUAAAAUGCAUUUUAAUGA